AUGCGCACGCCUUCAAGCCAGCACUUUCCAACCAGUCAGCACAAUAUCUUACCAGUUUCUGAGAGUUUUCUCAACUUCUCGGGUGUCGAGCUCAUCUGCCCAAUCCAGGCAGACGAUAUUCAAAAUCGUUGGCUUAACAAUUACAUUCCGGUGCCUGGACAACAGGCGAAGAACUAUUCGCCCAAGACGACUGGCUUCAUAUACCGCAUGCUCAAAUCGUAUGCCGGAAUAUCUAUCCGCGGCGGUUGCCCACCGCCCUUUAUUCACCCCUUACAGAUGGCGGACGGCCAGGACUGCCAUCCCUUAUCGACCUGUCUCACGCUGGUGCGGCUCUUUGACAAGCCAGUUCCCGGAGGCGAAAGCGUAGCUGCCGAAGUACUGAAAAGAGAUAUGGCUCGUAUUUUUGAGCUGCACACCACAUAUACCGGUAGCGGCGUCCUGCAGGCUUUCCAGGCAUAUCUGAUCUACACCAUGGUGAUAUUCUUCUCGCUUGGCCAGGAGUCGAAGCCUUUCUGCAGAGAGGCUGUGAUGAACUUGCAGGUGCUGGCAUGCUCGGCUGCUAAGGUAGGCCUCGUUUGCAAAGAGGAGCAGCAACAUAGCCGCCCGCCAUGGGAGGGUUGGAUACUGGCCGAGGCGAAACGCCGAACGCUCUUCACAAUGUAUCUGUUUGAUAGUAUGCUUGCCUCGCAGGAUGGAGCCCCGACCUUUCUCGGCAUUGAACUGCAUGGGCUCCUCGCGCCAGGAGGCAAGUCCUUAUGGCAGGCUGGCACUCGACGGGAAUGGGUAACAGCGUACAAUUCUUUCCUCGUCCGUUGGAGCGAGGGCGGCCUAAAAAUAAACGAGCUUUGGCCGAUUCCAGCGGAAUUCAAUGACUUGGACAUCGUUGUUCGGCAGCAGAGGGUAGAACGGUGGCUUGAGGAUAUAGACGAAUUUGGCAUAACGAUCUAUGCCAUCACUAGUGCUACUCAUGGAAGUUGA